ACCCGGAGCCGAGUCGAGUCGAGGACUGUUCUCACUGCAGGCGUACGUGGUCGUGUUUGUACCUGCGCUAAGAUCGAUAGAGGGCUGGGAUUUAUCUAGAGUUUAUCUCCAGCAACUUUUCCCACGGCUUCACUGACCGUCGUUUCUUCCCGAAAAGGAGCGAAGUGUUUGGCAGCGUUGAGGAGAAUACGGAGUUUUAGGCGGGGAGCGAAGGAUGUCUCGGGGCCGGGCGCUGCUGCUGCUGCUGCUGCUCGGCGGGGCGCUGGCGCUGCUGUGCGCGCCCAUCCCGGCGGCGGUUGCCUUGGAGUCGCCUCGCGCCUGCCCGCCCCGCUGCUCGUGCCUAGGUGAGCUGCUCGCCUGCAGCCGCCACAAGCUCAGCCGGGUGCCCGAGGCACUGCCCGGCCGCACCGUCCGACUGGACUUGAGUCACAAUCGAAUAACUUCUAUCAAUGGCAGUUUGUUUAACCACCUUCACAGCCUACAGGAAGUGAAAAUUACUCACAAUGAGCUAACUACAAUACCACACUUUGGAAUUAUAACUGCAAACAUUACUCUUCUUUCACUAUCCAAUAACAAAAUUUCUGAAGUGCUAUCUGAACAGCUGAUGUCAUUUCAAUCCAUGGAAACACUUGAUCUCAGUAACAAUCUGAUUUUUGAAUUGAAGAAGUUUCCUCAUUUACCACUUCGAUAUUUGUAUAUCAACAAUAACAAAAUAACCACUCUGGAUCCUGGGUGCUUUGACAAUCUUUCCAAUACUCUACAAGUUUUGAAGUUGAACAGGAACAAGAUUUCGGCUAUUCCUUCCAAGAUGUUUAAGCUGCCACGUCUCCAACACUUGGAACUUAGCCGUAACAAAAUUAAAAAAGUGGACGGCCUUGCAUUUCAAGGGCUCAGUGCUUUGAAAUCUCUUAGAUUACAGCGAAAUGGCAUUAGUAAGCUCAUGGAUGGAGCUUUCUGGGGACUAAGCAACAUCGAGAUUUUACAACUGGAUUUUAACAAUUUGACAGAAGUAACGAAAGGAUGGCUAUAUGGCUUGCUGAUGUUGCAGCAACUCAAUCUCAGCCAGAAUGCCAUCAGCAAGAUCAGUCCAGAUGCCUGGGAGUUCUGCCAAAAACUCAGUGAGCUGGAUGUAUCAUUUAAUGAGCUGACACGUCUAGAGGAUUCCAGCUUUGUUGGUCUAAGUCUGCUCGGACAGUUAUAUAUAGGAAAUAACCAAGUCAGCUACAUUGCUGAUGGUGCCUUUGGAGGACUAACCAGCUUACACAGUUUGGACCUGAAAAAUAAUGAAAUCUCAUGGACUAUUGAAGAUAUGAAUGGGGCUUUCUCUGAAUUGAGCAAACUAAGGAAAUUGGGUCUACAAGGAAACAGAAUUAGGUCAAUCACACGGAAAGCAUUUUCUGGUCUGGAUGCACUUGAACAUCUGGAUCUGAGCAAUAAUGCAAUCAUGUCUGUCCAGAGCAACACGUUUUCUCAGAUGAGGAAGCUUCAUGAACUAUACUUGAAUACUUCAAGCCUCCUUUGUGAUUGUCAGCUGAAAUGGCUGCACCAGUGGGCAAUAGACCAUGGAUUUCAAUCUUUUAUUAAUGCAACUUGUGCUCAUCCCCAGUGGCUGAAAGGAAAAAGUAUAUUUGCUACUAAACCAGAAGACUUUGUAUGUGAUGACUUCCCCAAACCUGAGAUCAUUGAGCAACCUGAAAACCAAGCAGCUGUAAAGGAUUCAAAUGUGAGCUUCAUCUGCUCUGCAGCCAGCAGCAGUGACUCUCCAAUGACAUUUGCCUGGAAGAAAGAUAAUGAGCUGCUUCAUGAUGCAGAGAUUGAGAACUAUGCACACCUUCGAUCUCAAGGUGGUGAAGUAAUGGAAUAUACUACCAUCUUGCAUCUUCGAAAUGUAAAUUUCAGCAGUGAAGGAAAAUACCAAUGUGUGAUUUCCAACCACUUUGGUUCAUCUUACUCCAACAAAGCCAAGCUGAUUGUGAAUAUGUUACCGUCAUUUACAAAGUCACCAACAGACCUCACCAUUCGAGCAGGAGCUAUGGCCCGUUUAGAGUGUGCUGCUGUUGGGCAUCCUGCACCACAGAUAGCUUGGCAAAAAGACGGUGGUACUGACUUCCCUGCUGCGCGAGAGCGAAGAAUGCAUGUUAUGCCAGAAGAUGAUGUAUUUUUUAUUGUAGAUGUGAAAAUAGAGGACAUUGGUAUUUAUAGCUGUACUGCUCAAAAUAGCGCUGGAGCUAUUUCAGCCAAUGCAACACUAACUGUAUUAGAAACGCCUUCAUUUGUGCGUCCUCUUGUUGACAAAACAGUAGCAAAAGGUGAAACUGCAGUUCUACAAUGCAUAGCAGCUGGGAGUCCUCCUCCAAAAUUGAACUGGACCAAAGAUGACAGUCCUUUAUCAGUAACUGAACGGCAUUUUUUUGCUGCUGGUAACCAACUGCUAAUUAUUGUGGACAGUAAUCUAGGUGAUGCUGGGAAAUACACAUGUGAAAUGUCAAAUACCCUUGGAACUGAGCGGGGCCACAUUCGCUUGAAUGUCAUUCCUACACCAAACUGUGACUCUACACAAAGUGCUGCACCAUUCGAAGAGGAUGGAUGGUCCACCAUUGGCAUUGUCAUCAUAGCGGUGGUCUGCUGUGUGGUUGGCACCUCCUUAGUGUGGGUGGUUAUUAUUUACCAUACAAGGAGGAAGAGUGAGGACUGCAGUGUGACGAACACAGAUGAGACAAACUUACCUGCAGAUAUACCAAGCUACUUGUCAUCCCAGGGAACACUGUCAGACCAUCAGGAAGGAUACGGCCGAUUAGAAGCUGGAAGUCACCACCAGCUUAUGACAGGUUCUGUGAAUGGAUAUUUACUUCAACACAGAGGAAGUGGUGAUCUUUGUCACAUUGACAACGGAAGUGACACUGACAUGGAAGGCAUAUCUGAUCCACUAGUUUUUCAUAACACAGACCAGAGAGCCUCAAUGUAUGUUGGAGGAAUUAUAUAUGAUACUGAAACACUGGAUAGGAUUCACCAUCAAGAUGGAAAUUCUGACCAGGUGGUAGUUGGUGCUGGUGCCUACAAUGAUUCUAGCACAUUUUCAAAGAAGAAAGGAUACCCUCAGUUCUCUCAAGUGCCCCCUGAAGACCUCUUUGACCAAGUCAUUGCGAAAAAGGUGACGCGGCUCCCAAAUUCAAACUUGUUCAGUUCUAUUCAAGCACUACAAAACGUGACUGCUGUUGACAUACCAGUUUCAAACGGGAAUCCAGAAAAGUUAAUGGCAACCCACAAUGUGUAUGGUGGGACUUUUGGAAAACCCUUAUGGAGACGACACCAAGAUCCCUAUUCUGAUUAUAUUCAACCAGCUACUGCUCGGUCUUUAACACUUCAUCAUAAUCCUCAAGGCUCAUUGGACAGCGAUUCUGAGGUUGAAACAAUAUCAGAAGGUCCCUCAGUUUCUGUCACAGGGAAACACAAUAGUUCUUACGAACAUAUUGAUAAAUGUAGGACUCCAACUUUUCAGCCUUACAGAGUUAACACGUAGAUACCAUCAUCAUGAACUAUACUGCUCAAACUUAUUGUACCAAAGAAAGACUUAACCUACCUCAAAACUGUUGCUUCAGUUUUCCAGAAAAGUGAUUUCUAAUUGUAUCUUAAAGAUAGAAGAUGCUAUAAACUGAUGGUUAAUGGACCAAGAGGAAGCAUUGUUAAUGUAUGCUUUUAUUUUGAGAGCACUAUCUUCUGGAGUAUGAUGAAUUUGCUAUAUUUUUAUUAUUUUAUACUUUUUUUACUGAAUAUUUUAAAAUUUCAGCUGUAAAUUAUGUAAAUAACAAGUAUUUACCUUUGUAUUAUAGGGGAUAAUGAACCUUGUCAUUAUGCUAGAAUUUUAUCAUUGAUGGUACAGUGUGUUAGUUGUGGUGCUAUGUCUGACUAUAGGUCAGCAUUCUAGUGCCUUAUUUGCACAUUUACAUUGACAAUAAAAUAGAGUUUUGCUUUGAACUGAUGUUAAAGAAAUACUUUUUUGU